AUGCCAGAGUCCAUUGAUUCCGUUUCAGUCCACACGGAGAAGAUCUACCUCGGGGGAAAGGAGCAUCAUAUUCGAACUGGCUGUGGUUCUGUGUCUGUCAUAGUCUAUGGGGAUCCUGACAAACCAGCUCUGAUUACUUAUCCAGAUUUGGCCCUAAAUUAUAUGUCAUGUUUCCAAGGAUUAUUUUUCUGUCCAGAGGCAGCUUCUUUACUGCUUCACAACUUUUGCAUAUAUCAUAUCAGUCCUCCCGGACAUGAGUUGGGAGCAGCUGCAAUUUGUUGCGAGGAUCCUGUUCCUUCUGCUGAAGACUUAGCAGAUCAAAUAAUCGAGAUCCUCAACUAUUUUGGGCUUGGUGCAGUGAUGUGUAUGGGAGUGACAGCUGGUGCUUAUAUCCUUACUCUUUUUGCUAUAAAAUAUAGGGAGCGUGUUCUUGGUUUAAUACUAGUAUCUCCCUUAUGCAAAGCACCUUCUUGGACUGAAUGGUUUUAUAACAAGGUGAUGUCGAAUUUGUUAUAUUUCUACGGUAUGUGUGGCUUGCUGAAAGAGUGUUUACUUCAGCGAUACUUCAGCAAGGAAGUUCGUGGUAACGUUGAAGUUGCAGAAUCAGAGAUAGUUCAAGCUUGUAGAAAACUGCUGGAUGAGAGAAAUAGAACAAACGUCUUGCGGUUUCUUCAAGCAAUUAAUCAGAGGCCUGACAUUUCAGAUGGAUUGAAAAGAUUAAAAUGCCGAACACUUAUUUUUGUUGGAGACAGUUCUCCUUUCCAUUCAGAGGCUCUAUACAUGGCUUCAAAACUUGAUAGGAGAUAUAGUGCCUUGGUUGAGGUGCAGGCUUGUGGAUCAAUGGUUACAGAGGAACAGCCACAUGCAAUGCUGAUACCAAUGGAGUACUUUUUAAUGGGAUAUGGGCUUUAUAGACCAACCCAGUUCGGUGACAGCCCAAGGAGCCCACUGAGCCCAUCUUGCAUCUCUCCAGAGCUCCUUUCUCCGGAAAGCAUGGGAUUGAAGCUGAAGCCUAUAAAGACUCGUGUUUCACUUCAAGUUUGA